UCCUGUCGCUGCUGGCUGAAUUCGCAUCUCUGACCUUCAGCAGCGGGCUGGAGCCCAUCUCCGUGCAGCCCCUACUGCGCCGUGCCGAGGGACGGCAGAGGGAGGACGGGGCAGGGCAGGCCCCGGGGCUGAGCGAUCCCCAAGCCCCAGCAGGCAGCGAACCGAGGCGCGGCGAAGAGCGAGCCCGGCAGCCCGGGGAGGCCGCUCCGCGCCCUUGCUCACGCCCAGCAGACGCGGAGCACCUGCGGCUUCCGCGCCACACGGGCAGUCAGCACCUCCGCUGCGGGAGGGUGGCGGCUGGGGGCUCCGCGGGGCGACGCGCAACUUGCGCGGGUUCCCCGCCAGCCCUCCCCGCCUCAGCCACCCUUUGUACCGGCCCCGCGGAGCGGAGUCCCCGCGGCAUGGCGCGGCGGGCGGGCGCGCUGUGUCUGUGCGCGGCGGCGGUGCUGUGCGCGGCGGCGGAGCUGCGGCUGACCCUGCUGCACACCAACGAUGUCCACGGGCGCGUGGAGGCGCAGGGCGCGGGAGCGCGGGGCUGCGCGGGCGCGGAGCGGGCGGCCGGCUGCUUCGGCGGCGUGGCGCGGCGAGCGGCGCUGGUGGCGGCGGAGCGGGCCGCGCACCGUAACGUGCUGCUGCUGGACGCCGGAGACCAGUACCAGGGCACGGUGUGGUUCUCCCGCUUCAAGGGCUGGGAGGCGGUCCACUUCAUGAACCUCCUGCACUACGACGCCAUGGCUUUGGGGAACCAUGAGUUUGAUGAAGGUGUGAGUGGAUUAUUGGAUCCUUUCCUUAAAAAUGCUAGUUUUACGGUUUUGAGUGCCAACAUCAAGGGGAAAACCCCAUUAGGGAACGAAAUGAUGAAAUAUGUUAAUCCUUUUAAAAUAGUACAUUUUGACUCGGAACCAGUAGGAAUUGUUGGCUACACUACGAAGGAGACUUCUUUUCUUUCACAGCCAGGGGACGAUGUUAUCUUUGAAGAUGAAAUUGAAGCUUUGCAAGUACAAGUGAAUGAACUUACUGCUCUGGGCGUGAACAAAAUAAUUGCACUAGGACAUUCUGGUUUUACUGUGGACAAAAAUAUUGCCCAAAAAGUGAAAGGAGUGGAUGUUGUAAUUGGAGGACAUACAAACACAUUUCUCUAUACAGGCACCCCACCCUCCACUGAACAGCCAGCUGGCCCAUACCCAUUCAUGGUUGACUCAGAUGAUGGGAGGAAGGUGCCAGUGGUGCAAGCUUACGCUUAUGGAAAGUAUCUUGGUUACUUAAAUGUUACAUUUGACAAGAAAGGAAAUGUAGUUGAAGCAGUUGGAAACCCCAUUCUGCUGGACAGCAGUGUUCCUGAAGAUGAGCACAUUAAAGAUGAAGUGGAAAAAUGGAAGAAAGAUCUGGGGAAUUAUUCUACAGAGAUUGGAAAAACUAGUGUUUACCUGAAUGGUACAAGCCAAGCAUGCCGUUUCCAGGAAUGUAACAUGGGAAAUUUGCUCUGUGAUGCUGUGCUUUAUGAGAACACUGGACAUCCAGAUAAAAAGUCGUGGAACCAUGUUUCAAUGUGCAUCCUGAAUGGAGGUGGGAUACGGUCACCCAUUGAUGAACAGAGCACUAACGGUAGCAUUACUGUGGGAGAUUUGCUGUCUGUUUUGCCAUUUGGAGGUCGUUUUGAUUUGGUGAGGGUAAAAGGCUCCACUCUGAAAGAAGCUUUUGAGCACAGUGUGCACAGAUACGGAAAAGGAAGCGGAGAGCUGCUGCAGGUUGGAGGCAUCCACGUGGUCUAUGAUCUCUCCAGAGCCCCAGGAAGCAGAGUUGUUACCUUAGAAGUGCUCUGCACAGCCUGCCGCGUUCCAGCCUAUGUCCCACUCCAGAUGGACCAAAUAUAUAAUGUGACACUUCCAUCCUAUAUGUUAUUUGGUGGUGAUGGCUAUCAUAUGCUGAAAGACAAAAAUCUGGGAUACAGUAAAGGUGAACCUGAUAUUGAAGUUGUUACGCGUUACCUCCAGAGAAUGAAGAGAGUUUACCCAGCAGUUGAAGGUCGAAUAAAGUUUUCUUCUGGAAGUCUUAUUGAAGCAAGUCUUACCCUGAUUUCUGUAUUGUUCACUGUAACGUUCUUGCAUACUUGAUUUUUGCUUGCUGUGUUUCCAUUCAGUGAGGAAGGCAGGCAGAGAGAUGAUGCCAACAAAGGGAAAAGAGAACUGUUCCCUUUUCUUAAACCUUAAAAUGAAUGUGUGUUGAGGUUUCUGCUUAUCAACAGUGAACAGUACAAGCCAUUGCUUCAACGCCUCUACCAGCUUAAAGACACAUGGUGCAGAACAAGAGGGCAGAAUUCAGAACUUUUCUUAGCUUGAAUCUGCAGGUACCUUUUACAAGUUUCAAGGAGCAAAGUUCCAGGGAAUACUCAUGCUCCAUUGUAAAACAACCACUGACCAAAAUGGGAUGUUUUCAACUUGUCUUUUUUUUUUAGCUACUUUAGAUAAUGAGUUGAUUAAAAAUCUGGUUCCAGUAAUGUAAACAAGCUUUUAAAUCUCCACUCAGGGUUAAAGCUCCCAGUCUGCUAUUUCUACUCUGUUUCCAGUCAUAUGCGUUGUAGAGCUGGAUUAAACUCAGUGUCAUUAAAAGCAUGGGGUCCAUUUACAUGCAACUGAAAAAAGUUUUUCCAAUUUUCCUUUUGAAGAUGCAGCAUCUCACUUAUGUUUUCCAUUAAUAAAUAAUGCAAUGAAAGCUUGAUUUGAUUUGCAUCAAUUUAAACAAACUAUAUACUUCACUAUAUAAUAUGAUGAGUUUGGAGACUAUCCAAGUGAGAACACUAUCUAUGAUUAUGGUGCAUCUUUGUAUGAAAAAGUUUACACCUUUUUCUAAAGACAAAAGCACAGGACUCCUGCCCAUUACUCUGUUAUCAGCAGCAUUCAGAGAGAAUGUCACAUAUGUGUAUCAACUCCUUUGGAAGUAGCCCAAUAACAGGGCUUUUUACAGCAGAACCUAGCUUUAUGACAAUUGUGAUCAUAACUCAAAAGCCUAUCUCAUCUAUGGCAAAACUGUGCUUGAGAAACACACAGUUCUGAGAUGGGCUAAUGAGUAAUGGACCUUUGAUCAACCUGGUCUAGCAGAAGGCAUCCCUGCCCACAGCAGGGGAGCUGGAACUAGAUGCUCUUUAGGGUCCCUUCCAACCCAAACCAUUCUAUGAUUCUGUAAGUAUACAGUCAGAAAUCAGAUUAAAUGCUAAGUGACAUUUCUGGCACUUCAUCCAGAAGUGACAGCUUAUAAUAUAAUGCAAACGAUUAUUUUUAUAAGAUCAUUCACACUGGAAUUCUCACAUCACGUUUCCAUGUUGUUUAUUGCCAAAUUAAACUGAUUAUGAGUCUUCUGAAUA